AUGUAUUUGUUACUCUUUUGGAUUUGUGGUAUCUUUGGAGUAAGUGGACAAUAUGGGGACCGUGGAGUGUCUAUACCUGAACAUGGCUUUUGCCAACCCAUUUCAAUCCCACUUUGUACGGACAUUGCCUACAACGAGACUAUCAUGCCGAAUUUACUUGGACACACGAACCAAGAGGACGCAGGUCUCGAGGUGCACCAGUUUUACCCACUCGUAAAAGUUCAGUGCUCUCCUGAUCUUAAAUUCUUCCUCUGCUCCAUGUAUGCGCCUGUGUGCACGGUGCUAGAGCAAGCGUUGCCACCGUGUAGGUCACUGUGCGAGAGAGCCAGGCAGGGCUGCGAGGCUCUUAUGAAUAAAUUCGGAUUCCAGUGGCCGGACAGUCUCGCGUGCGAAUCUUUCCCCGUUCACGGAGCGGGCGAGCUAUGUGUUGGACAGAAUAUGUCAGAAAAAAGCACACCAAUAAACCCGACACCCGACGUAACGCAGCCCCCGCAUGAGCUACCGCGAGGAAAGGGACAUUUUAAGUGUCCAACGUCUUUAAAAGUUCCACCGUACUUAAAUUAUCGUUUUCUGGGUGAGGAUAACUGUGGAGCACCAUGCGAGCCGAAAAAACUUCACGGAAUGAUGUACUUCAGUGAGGACGAACAGAAAUUCGCUAGAAUAUGGAUCGGAAUUUGGUCGGUUUUGUGUUGCGCGUCCACUUUGUUCACAGUUCUGACUUACUUGGUUGACAUGAAACGCUUCAGCUACCCAGAACGACCUAUAAUUUUUCUAUCUGGCUGUUAUACUAUGGUCUCAAUUGCUUACAUUGCGGGAUUUCUACUGGAAGACAAAGUGGUCUGCAACGACAGAUUCGAUACAGAGUUAAGAACUGUUGUCCAGGGCACUAAAAAAGAAGGCUGCACCAUAUUGUUUAUGAUGUUAUAUUUUUUCAGCAUGGCAAGCUCUAUUUGGUGGGUUAUACUGGCGCUCACCUGGUUUUUGGCUGCAGGCAUGAAAUGGGGGCACGAAGCCAUUGAGGCAAACUCUCAAUACUUCCACUUAGCUGCAUGGGCAGUGCCUGCUAUAAAAACAAUAACUAUUUUAGCUGUGGGGCAGGUGGACGGCGACGUGCUUAGUGGGGUUUGCUUCGUCGGCAUUAACAGCGUGGAUGCCCUUCGUGGAUUCGUCUUGGCACCCCUGUUUGUGUACCUGUUUAUCGGCACCUCCUUUCUCUUGGCAGGAUUCGUGUCACUCUUUCGCAUCCGUACGAUAAUGAAACACGACGGGACAAAAACGGAGAAACUGGAAAAGCUUAUGGUUCGGAUAGGCAUCUUUAGCGUACUCUACACGGUCCCGGCUACUAUCGUCAUUGCGUGUUACUUCUACGAGCAGGCCUUCCGGGAGCAGUGGGAGAAAACCUGGAUCAGUGCAUCGUGCAAGACUUACGCCGUGCCUUGUCCGCCAUCCAACCCGCAGAUGAACCCCGACUUCACGGUCUUCAUGAUCAAGUACCUAAUGACCCUAAUUGUGGGUAUAACCUCUGGAUUCUGGAUAUGGUCCGGGAAGACCCUCAACUCUUGGAGAAAGUUCUACACAAGACUGGCAAACAGUAAACAAGGGGAGACUACGGUGUGACUUAAAUGGACAAA